CUUCCUUUCAUCUGGAUCAACAACAAUUUCCAAAACAACAACAACAACAACAGCAACAGCAACAACAACAACAACAACAACAGCAGCAGCAGCAGCAGCAACAACAGCAGCAACAACAACAGCCACAAAAGCAAUCUAAUAAGAUAACAAAAGGUCGACGUGGAAGGAAAACAUCGUUUGGAGUCAAAAGUAGUAAAAAACGACGACAACUGAAACAGCAGCAGCAAAAGCAACAGCAACAGCAGCAAGAAUCAUCAUCAUCUUCUCCCCUUGGUGGAAACAACAACAACAACAAUAGUGCUCUGUUUCAUUCUCCUUCACCAUCACCGAGUUUGACAACACGAAAGGAUUCUUUUAUGGCGGCCUCUUUGUCUUUUAUACAUAAUGAAGAAGAUGUUUCCGAUAUCUUUUUGGGUGGUCAAGAUGAUAACCUAAGUAUGAUGAUGUUAUAUCAAGAUGCCAUUUCCGAUCAUCAUGGUGAAAAAUGUCAAUUACAACUCUUAUGGGUGGAAGAAAAAGUCUCACCUUCUACUAGACCUACAGAGAUAUCUCAUGGAUUCGUAUCACACGAUGCUAAAGGGCAAGCAAUGUUGUGCAUAAUGAAUGAAACGGAAGGAAUGUUGACGGGGUUGGCUAUUAAGGAUUUACUACUAAGCAGAAAACACUAUCCAACGACAGGAUUCCAACUGACAGCGAAACAGGCUCUACCCAUUUAUCAUGCAAGUCGACCUGAAUGUGAUGCAGCUGAUAUUUUAUUAUUGGAUCAUCAGAACAGAAUAUCUUUAUAUGUGGAUUCUCAAGUACCCAAAUUAUCACUUUUGUCAUCUUUGCUAUCGGCAUUAUCAUCAUCAAUAUCAGUGAACAAAGACACAUGGCAAUAUGAAAAUAUCAGAAUUCAAGAUCCUGUAGACAAUCGAUUUACUCUGGUAGUGAAUGAUAAAUGCAUAAAACGAUGUCAAGUACAAUCUACUGCCUCUGGAAUACUUACUGGAGGACUAUCUUCUUCUUAUCACAAGCAACGCACAACAUCAACUAUGAUAAACAAUAACAAGAACCGGGUAUUGUUGGUAAAUAGCCACAUGGCUCUACGAUGUGCAUGGUCAAACUCAUACUUAUGGUUCCACUUUCAAGCAUGGUCCAUACAAUUAUUGAAUGAUCAUCAAUACCAAGACUUUGAUCGAACCAAUAUUGAUGAAUGGCAAGUCUUUGUUACCACUUUAUUUACGAUGAUUCCAUUAUCUCAAACUUCUCAAAAUAUCAUACCAAGAACAAGAAAUCAUAAUGACAUACUGGCACUUUAUACACAGUGGUUGGCAGUGGCAUAUGAUCGACAACAGAGACAACAACAAGAAGAGAACGACAGUAGUCUGAUUCAAAUAACGGAUCCACAGGAUAUUGCUUAUAUGAUCUAUGGUCUUCAUUUCCUCCAUCAAGAUUAUACACUUUCAAAGCUGACUCCAAAGAAAACGAUGAUUAUGUUAGGUACUUUGUUAUGGGUACUCUCAUGUUUAGUACAAUCUGAUAUUUGGAUUCAUUGUUAUGAACAAUAUGUGACUUUAUCAAAUCAAGAUUUAGGCUUUCAACUUGAUUCAUCGUCUCUUCAAUUACAUGCACGCCAACAACAAAGGCCAAUAGAUGAUAUGGAAGAGGAAGGAUUGAUUCGAUUAGCACGUCCAUUCUUUUUUGAAUCAUGUGUACGUUAUCAACUACCUCAUGAUUACACUUUAUCUUUACAACAACAAAGUGGAAUGCCUACACUCGAUCCAAUGAUUGAUACCAAUAUGACAUUGAUGAAAAGUAAUGGACAACUAGCAAAUAACAGAAAGGAUUUGUUUGGAUUUAAACUCAAAAUGAUUUGGUAUAUCCAUCAAACCAUGCAUUAUUAUCUUCGAACAAUAGCCAACGGCGCAAGUUUUUUUUUCACUUCUAUUGGAUCUUCAUCGAUAUCAAUACCAGCAGGAAUGGAGGAAUGGGUGAGUGCUAUUGUAAAAAUGGGUUACAGUCGAAAAGAUUUGGAUAUGGUGCCUGAUUCUUGUGUGUUGCUGAAACCGUUACUGGAUGCUUUGGAUUAUCUUCAACUUCAUCCUCCCACAAAUCAAUCCAUCGAAUUUUAUUCUCUUAUUGGUCGAUAUGAUAUGGUAGCUCAGUUGGUUCAAUUCCAUACAUCCACUCCUUCAAGCAGUUCUUCGUCACCAUAUGAUUUGAAGUUGUUCCGAUUCUCUCUGAACAAAAAGUUGGACUGCCAACAAGAUGUUCAUCAAUUGAUGACCUUGGCUACGACUCCUAAUAUGGCUCCAGGGGCUUCCCAAGCAACAACAGCAAUGAAUAUCACGAAACAGCAAUCAUCAUUUGUAAGUCAUACGGGUUCAGAUUUGGUGUUAUCUCAACUUUUUUAUGGAGGUGGUGCUUCCACAUUGGAUAAAUUGAGGCAUGUCCGAAGUAUGUUGAAUCCUUGUCGCUUGAUUGAAUUGAAUGUUCCUGACAGACAUGGAUUAUCAGAAGCUGAAAUUGGAGUAGAAAAUCAAAAUUAUUUGAAACAUCUAAUACAAAGGACAUUAGCUCUAUCUAUUGGGAAUGGUAUAUUCCAUUAUGGUCAUCAUCAUCUCUUCCAAACAUCUACCACUAAUUCAUUGAAUACUACAGCUACAUCACAUAUCACUUCUAAUUCAGCAGCAACAUCGAAUUUUCAAGGAACUGGGACUGCAACACCAAACAAUGUAUCGAACGGCAAUAACAACAACCCAAAUACAGCAACUACUACAAGUGGUGGUAGUCGAUCCUUAGCUAUGCUUGAAGAGAAAAUCAAUUUAUCAGCCAAAUUGUUACCUAUGCGCAUGACGAUCACUUUAGAUGAAAAAACAUAUCGACCAGAGUACUUUGAUUGGCCAAGGUUUCAUCAUGGUGUGGCAACUGGUCUUCGACUAUCUUCACCUCGACUAUUACGCAAUGAUCAAAAAAAUAUUAGCAGUAAUAUGAAUAACAGAAGACCUCCCGAUGAUUCACUUUUUGGAGAUGACAGGAAUGAUCUAUGCUGGCUCUUUUAUGCUGAACCAGAAGAAUUGAAUAUAUUCCACGGCGGUGUUCUCUUUGGAUUGGGAUUGAAUGGACAUUUGCUACCGAAUUUACAUUGGUAUCGUUAUAUUACUCAAGCAAAAUGUUCAUUGGUUACCAUUGGCUUUAUUUUGGGCAUUUGUGUGACAUUUCGAGGUAGCAAGAAUCUAGACAUUACUAAAAUCUUAUCUGUGCAUGUACCAGCAUUACUUUCAAUUUCUCCAACAACGGCAACAGCAACAGGAAAUAUAGCAGGUACUGUUUUGGCUUCAAAUAUGACAAGUGGCGGUGAUGGCGUUAUGGGAGGAAAUAUCUUGCCUCCUACAACAAGUAGUCGUGUUCCUGGUGCUGAUGAUUUGAUGCCAUCUAGCUGUCUCUUUGGUCUUGGUCUAAUUUUUAUGGGAUCUUGUGAUCGAUAUAUGACAAUCAUCAUGUUAAACGAGAUUGGUAAUUGUUCAAAACGCGCCAAUACAAGCUUUGGUACUGGCAAUAUUGGUGGUGGUAACAAUUCUGGUGUUAACAGUGGCGAUCCAUCUUUAACUGGUAUGGGCGGUAAUUACAACAACUAUGGACCAGCAAGUAGCAAAGAAAGCGCUUGUGCUUUAGCAGCUGGUUUUGCUUUGGGUUUUAUUGUACUGGGCAAAGGUGGUAAUACCAAUAAGGAAAUGGGUGGACUUUCAGAUCUACAACUUGCAGACACACUACAACAUUACAUGACAGGUCAAGCUGCUAAUACAAUGAACCCAACAAAGUCAUCCUCUUCUAGUACACCAUCUGGAAACAUUGGAGGUGGAUCAUCGUCAAAAAGUCAAGGCAAUGUAUCAUCAGCCCAACAAUCUCGAACAACACAAACGUCUUCCACUUCUUCGAAACAUGGCCCACAAACACAACAUUAUGCUAGAGGCAUGUCACAUUUAUUGGAUAUCACAGCACCGGCAGCAACAAUUGCACUUGGGUUGAUCUAUUUGAAAACGGAAAAUCAUCGAGUGGCGGAACGUAUUGAUAUAUGUGAAACGACUAAACCAUACUUGAAUUAUGUGCGACCUGAUUUCUUAUUGAUGCGAGUUGUGGCAAAAAAUCUGAUUCUAUGGAAUUCUAUUACUCCAACUCAAGCUUGGAUCUAUCGACAAAUGCCAUCAUUUAUGCGUCCAUCAUCUCGCCAAGAACAACGACAGGAUCAUGAAGAUAUCUCUGAUGACAGUACUCUCAAUAAUACUCCAGCAUGGGAAAUUCAGGUUAUUCUUCAAGCUAAAUACAAUAUUAUUGCUGGGGCUUGUCUCUGUCUUGGACUACGAUUUGCUGGAUCACAUGAUAUCAAGGCUUUCAAGUGUCUUUUAAAUGAAUUGGAUACAUUCAUGCAUCUAUCCACCCUUCAAGUUACCACCUUUCAAGAACAUAUCACCCGAAGUGCAAUUUGGAUUUGUAUCGAUGUAAUAGCGUCUGCAGCAGCAAUGGUAAUGGCUGGAUCGGGACACGAGGAAUUAUAUGAACGACUUAAAAAACUUCAUCAACGAGUUCCUUUUGGAGGCAUGGAUAUACAUCAUGGAUCUACCGCCAGUGAUGUGCCAGCAAUGGGAUAUGGCAAGUAUGGUAAUCAUAUGGCAAGUCAUAUGGCAAUGGGAAUGCUUUUUUGUGGCCUAGGUCGAUAUACCCUCAAAACAAGUAAUGAUGCCAUUGCUGGUCUCUUGUGCGCAUUUUAUCCAUUCUAUCCUACUCAACCAGAAGAUCAAAGAUACCAUUUACAAGCUUUUCGUCAUCUCUGGGUUAUGGCCUUGGAUCAACGUUGGCUUACUCCUGUUGAUUGUGAUACCAAACAACCUUGUCAAGUUCCUCUCCUUUUCACCACAUCCAACACAACAACAACAACAGCACCAUCAUCAUCAGAGUCAAUGGAAGUGGAUCAACCAAAUGUCGAUCUUUCUUACAAAGAUUUUAUGGAACAAGGGGAUAUAAUAAAAAGAGACCAUGCUGAUAUACAUAGUGGGAAAGAAUACACUGAUGCUAGCGGUUUAGGAGAACGUGAAGCAGACAAAUGUCUAAUGGAAAAUGCUGAUGACAAAGGAAAAACAAGAAUAAAAUUAGCUCAAAUACAACGGGAACAACAAGAACAAGAAAUUCAACGUCGUGUCGUUGCACCAUCUGUAAUACCUAGUUAUGAAUCAUUAACAUCCAUUCAACUUGAGGAUAGUUCUCUAUAUUAUCCUAUAAAUGUAAAUAUGCAAAACAAGAAUAAUUAUCGACAAGCCAUUUGUCAAUCAGGGAUCUUAUUUGUGCAACGGAAAAGGGACAAAAUGAAAAAAUUAGCAUAAUCAUCAUCAUCAUCUAUAUAUACUCAUCAAAAAAAAUUAUUAUCAAUAAAUAAAUUGUAUUUAAAAAA